UUAAAAGUUGAUCUUAAUAAAUCGAAUGAACUGAAAAGGUGCAACUUUUCCUUGCUAUUAGAGCAAGAGUUAUAACAACUGAGAAAACUGAUAGCAGUCAGAUUGCUCCGAGGAAUCAUUUGAAUUCAUUAUUGUUUACAUUGUAGUGGAACUUCGACAACGUGUGUUUUUCGAGCUUAAACUGUCUAUUUUUGUGUUUAUUUUAUGCAAAAUGGUGCGAAAACUGAAAUAUCAUGAACAGAAAUUAUUAAAGAAAGUUGACUUUAUAUCAUGGGAAGUCGACAAUACAAUUCACGAGUUGAAAAUUAUGAAAAAAUACUUCGUUCAGAAACGAGAAGAUUAUACGAGAUACAAUCAGUUGUCUAGAAAAAUACGAACCCUGGGUCGUGCAAUAAAAGAAUUAGAUAUGAAAGAUCCUUACAGAAAAGAAUCUGGCAAUCGUCUUUUACAGCAGCUAUAUUCUAUGGGUUUGAUUGGAAAAAAUGAAGGCUUGGAAUUGUGUGAUAAAGUCACAGCUUCAUCAUUUUGCAGAAGAAGAUUACCUGUCCUUAUGGUUAGAAGCAAGAUGGCCCCAUCAUUGAAGAUAUCUCAUAAAUUCAUUGAGCAAGGCCAUGUUCGUAUAGGUCCAAAUGUUGUGAUGGAUCCUUCUUUCUUAGUUACUAGGAAUAUGGAAGAUUUCAUUACAUGGGUUGAUAGAUCAGCUAUUAAGAAACACAUAGCCAGAUACAAUGAAGAGCUGGAUGAUUUUGACCUUAUGUAAGGACCUUCACAAAUUAGUGUAUAUACAUCAUGUAAAUAAAAUUUGUUAAAACAAG